GUUGCGGGCUUUCGUCUUUUGAUCCUGGCGAAAGUUAGGGUUAUAGGUAAUCGUUCCUGUCAAGUCGGUUGGUAGGGUCUCUCACCUCCGUUUUUACUCAGCAAGUCCGAGGGGAUUUGGAGAGUCGGGAAAGUCCCACCACAUUACACACCUCCUCAGUAUAUGAAAUCUCCACAACGCAAGUUUAAUUGUUUUAUUACUUCUUUAACCAUCAUCUAUUGGACAUAUGCUCUGUGCCUGGUAUUCUGCUGAUCUUUAGGGUGGGGGAAGGGGGUUCAGAGAUGAAGAAGCUCACCGUCUAGAGAUUGAGAAAGUUUCAAUGCUUUAUAGAUAUGUUUGGAGAACUGUGGGACCACAGAGAAUCAGUAACUAAAUCAGAGAAGCCCUACCCAGGACCUACUCAAAGGCGGGGACGGAUGAAAUAGGUGGCAUGAAUGACUAGACCAUAAGGUACCAGUGAGGAAGAGACAGAAGGACCCAGCCUUGAUGCCCACUUGGGAGGCAGAAAGCACCGGCACCUUGUAGAACUACGAGCUGCGAGAAAGGCCCAGGGACUUCGAAGUGUGUUUGUCAGUGGCUUUCCCAGGGAUGUGGAUUCUGCUCAGCUCUCUGAGUACUUCCAAGCAUUUGGACCUGUGGCCAGUGUUGUCAUGGACAAGGACAAGGGAGUGUUUGCCAUUGUGGAGAUGGGGGACGUGGGUGCUCGAGAGGCUGUCUUGUCACAGUCCCAGCACAGCCUGGGAGGACAUCGCCUGCGUGUCCGCCCACGGGAGCAGAAGGAGUUCCAGAGCCCGGCCUCCAAAUCCCCCAAGGGAGCAGUCCCCGACAGUCACCAGCUGGCCAAAGCACUAGCUGAGGCUGCAGACGUGGGGGCACAAAUGAUAAAGCUUGUGGGGCUGAGGGAGUUGUCUGAGGCUGAGCGGCAGCUUCGGAGCCUGGUGGUGGCCCUGAUGCAGGAGGUCUUCACAGAGUUCUUCCCUGGCUGUGUGGUCCACCCUUUUGGCUCUUCCAUAAAUAGCUUCGAUGUCCAUGGCUGUGAUCUUGACCUCUUCUUGGAUCUGGGUGACUUGGAAGAGCCCCAGCCAGUCCCAAAAGCUCCAGAAUCUCCAUCGCUGGACUCGGCCCUGGCUUCCCCUCUGGACCCUCAAGCCCUGGCCUGCACCCCAGCCUCCCCUCCAGAUUCACAACCUCCAGCUUCUCCCCAGGAUUCUGAAGCCCUGGACUUUGAAACCCCUUCCUCCUCCCUGGCGCCCCAAACUCCGGACUCUGCCUUGGCCUCCGAGACCCUUGCUUCUCCCCAGUCUCUGCCUCCAGCCUCACCACUGCUAGAGGACAGGGAAGAGGGGGACCUGGGGAAGGCCCCAGAACUAGCAGAGACCCCAAAAGAGGAGAAAGCAGAGGGGGCAGCAAUGCUGGAGCUGGUGGGAUCCAUUCUCCGGGGCUGUGUCCCUGGGGUGUAUCGAGUCCAAACUGUGCCCUCUGCCCGGCGCCCUGUGGUCAAGUUCUGUCAUCGGCCUUCAGGUCUCCACGGUGACGUCUCCCUCAGUAACCGGCUGGCCCUGCAUAACUCCCGUUUCCUGAGUCUCUGCUCUGAGCUGGAUGGUCGAGUCCGGCCCCUCGUGUACACCCUCCGCUGCUGGGCUCAGGGUCGGGGGCUGUCAGGGAGUGGCCCCCUUCUCAGUAACUACGCCCUGACCUUGCUGGUGAUCUAUUUUCUUCAGACCAGGGACCCUCCUGUGUUGCCCACUGUGUCCCAGCUCACCCAGAAAGCAGGAGAGGGGGAACAGGUGGAAGUCGAUGGCUGGGACUGCAGUUUCCCCAGAGAUGCCUCAAGACUGGAGCCCAGCACAAAUGUGGAGCCCCUCAGUUCCCUGCUAGCCCAGUUCUUCUCCUGUGUAUCUUGCUGGGAUCUUCGUGGCUCCCUGCUGUCCCUGCGGGAGGGCCAGGCACUGCCUGUGGCAGGGGGCCUGUCUUCUAAUCUCUGGGAGGGUCUGCGCCUUGGCCCCCUGAAUCUCCAGGACCCUUUUGACCUGAGUCACAAUGUCGCAGCCAAUGUGACCAGCCGGGUGGCUGGGCGACUACAGAACUGCUGCCGAGCAGCAGCCAAUUACUGCCGAAGCCUCCAGUACCAGCGCCGUUCCUCCCGCGGUCGGGACUGGGGGCUGCUCCCCCUUCUGCAGCCCAGCUCCCCCAGCUCCCUGCUCUCUGCUACCCCGAUCCCUUUACCCCUUGCAUCCUUCACCCACCUCACUGCUGCCCUGGUGCAGGUAUUCAGGGAAGCACUGGGGUGCCAUAUAGAACAGGGAACCAAGAGACCGCGGUCAGAAGGAGGUGGAACUGGGGAGUCCUCUCAGGGAGGGACAAGCAAAAGACUCAAAGUAGAUGGACAGAAAAACUGCUGUGAGGAGGGGAAAGAGGAGCAGCAGGGAUGUGCAGGGGACGGUGGGGAAGACAGGGUAGAAGAGAUGGUUAUAGAGGUUGGAGAGAUGGUGCAGGACUGGGCCAUGCAGAGCCCUGGGCAGCCAGGGGACCUGCCCCUGACCACUGGAAAGCAUGGAGCCCCUGGAGAAGAGGGGCAGCCCAGCCAUGCAGCCCUGGCAGAGCGGGGGCCCAAGGGACCAGAGGCAGCCCAAGGAGGGUCUCAGGGUGAGGCAGGGAAGGGGGCAUCCCUGCCCUCCUCAGUGAGCUGGCGCUGUGCCUUGUGGCACCGAGUGUGGCAAGGGCGGCGGCGAGCCCGUAGACGCUUGCAGCAGCAAACCAAGGAAGGAGCUGGAGGUGGCGCUGGCACAAGAGCAGGGUGGCUGGCGACUGAGGCUCAGGUCACCCAGGAGCUGAGAGGACUGAGUGGUGGUGAAGAGAGGCCAGAAACUGAGCCCCUGCUGAGCUUUGUGGCGUCUGUCUCCCCGGCUGACCGAAUGCUCACUGUGACCCCGCUCCAGGAUCCCCAAGGCCUGUUCCCUGAUCUCCAUCAUUUCUUACAGGUUUUCCUCCCUCAAGCACUUCGACAUCUCAAGUGAAAACAUGGCCCCUAAAGGGCAAUAAAGCUGCUAGUUUAAUACAGUC